AUGUCUCAGUUUGACACGGUUCAGUGCCUCUACGAGCAUGCAGCUCUGCACGGCUUGGCGUCUUACGAUGCAGAGCAAAGGAUUGUCGUCGAUCGCGUCUACGCCGUGCGCUCGGGCGGGCGCAUUAAGACAAUGUCCCUGAAGAAAGGCACGCAAGACGACGCGAGGGAGGGCAGCAGCAUCUUGCCCAGCUCGCGGCUUUACAAGGACCUCCAGCAGCACGCGGAGCUCGUUGUGGCCGUGCUGACCUCCGCGAGGUCCGCCGGCCGCGUCGCGAUCGUGACGCUCGCCCGGCGGCCUUGGGUGCUGACCUCGUCCAGGAGGUAUUUACCGGGCUUGGAGUUCGAGAACUUGCUGUUGGAGCUGGACAUCCCGGUCUUCUAUGCCCAGGAGUACACCAGCUGGCUCAUGUGGUGGUUCACGGACUAUUUCCACCGGGCAGACGUGCUCGUUGAUGGGAAGCGGAACGCCAUCAUGGGGUGCUUGCGGCAGCUGCACACGGCUGGUUGCGAGGUGCGGGGCCUCGUGUCGGUGGGCGACUCGGUCAUCGAGCAGCGCGCCGCUACCGAGGCCGUCAAAGCCUGGACCGCCGCGAGGGUGACGCCGCAACAGGUGGGGUGCAAGACGGUGAAGCUCGCCGACAAGCCGACGGUGGGGGAGCUGGGGGACCAGUUGCGGGUGCUGAACGCCAGCCUCAAGCCCAUCGUGCACCACCAGGGCGAGGUGGGCGUGUCCAUGGACGACUACGACCAGCUCCCGGCGCUGCCGGUCGGCCCGCCCCUCGCUUCAGCGGAGAAGGCCGACUCCACAGGUCGCCUCGUUGUCGUCGCCGUUGCACUCAGAGCUUUGGGCCCAGGCAUGCAGCUUCCCCAUGAUUGCGUGUUCACAGCUGGGUAAUAAAUACGCCGCAGGGCGGAGCUAGUUGGC